UUCCACCUGCUCCUCCUCCGGGAGGGGCUCAGUCCUCCUUCCCCGUGUGGACUGAGAGGGAGCUCAGUUUGCGUGCAGCUGCUGCGGGACGGGGCCCGUAGACAGGAAGACAGCGACAGACACCGGCCGUCCACGCGCGUGCGCUUGCGUGACCAAAGCAGAGGAGCGGCCAGCCCCCCCUCCCUCCCGAACAGCCUGGUGGUCUCCUGUUCCAUGAGCAUCAUGAUCACAGCGCUGAGCCUCCUCAUGUUUGCUCUGAAUGCAGCUGGGCAAGAGCUUCCAUCGAGCCCUCAUGGCUGCACGGAAGGAAGCUGUUACCCCGCAACAGGAAACCUCCUGAUUGGACGAGCUGUCAACCUAUCUGCCACCUCCACAUGCGGCCUAAACGGACCCGAGCAGUACUGCAUUGUCAGCCAUCUGCAGGAGCCGGACAAGUGCUUCGAGUGUGACUCGCAGCGCCAGUACGACCCUCUGCGACACAGAAACAGCCACCGCAUCGAAAACGUGAUCUACCUGAGUGACCGCAGUGGAGACCGCACCUGGUGGCAGUCUGUCAGCGACAUCGAGCCGUCCACUAACGGGGAGGUCAUUUUUAAAGUUUUGGAUCCAUCUAUUCCUGUGAAAGACCCCUACAGCUUGGAAAUUCAAGAACUGUUGCGCAUCACCAACCUGCGUAUCAACUUCACAAAGCUAAACACCUUGGGAGACGACCUGCUGGACCGCCGCUCUGAUGUCCUGCAAAAGUAUUACUAUGCCAUCUACGAGCUGGUGGUCAGGGGGAGCUGCUUUUGCUACGGACACGCGUCGGAGUGCGCCCCGGUGCCGGGGGUCCUCACCCGGGAGAGCGGCAUGAUCCACGGUCGCUGCGUUUGCAAACACAACACGAAAGGGCUGAACUGCGAGCGCUGCAGGGACUUCCACCAUGACCUGCCGUGGAGACCGGCAGAGGCGGAGAACCCACACACCUGCAGAGAGUGUAACUGCAAUGGUCACUCAAACCAGUGCCACUUCGACAUGGCUGUGUACCUGGCCACGGGCAACGUCAGCGGAGGGGUUUGUGACAACUGUCUACACAACACUGUGGGACGCAACUGUGAGAUGUGUCAACCAUUCUACUACCAAGACCCCAACAGGGACGUCAGAGACCCACAAGUUUGUAUCUUGUGUGACUGUGACCCUGUGGGAUCGUUGGACGGCGGCGUGUGUGACAGCCACACCGACCUGGACAUGGGGAUGAUCGCAGGCCAGUGUCGCUGCAAAGCCAACGUGAAAGGCAUGCGCUGCGAUGACUGCAAAGUGGGUUACUACGGCCUCAGCCAGAACGACCCGCUGGGAUGCCAGCCUUGCAACUGUGACCAGCGCGGCAUCAUAAGGGUGGGAGAUCCAUGUGACCAGAUCAGCGGGGAUUGUUCCUGUAAACGAUACGUCACCGGACGCUACUGUGAUCAGUGUCUGCCGGAAUACUGGGGACUCAGCAACGAUCAGUUCGGCUGCAGACCCUGUGAGUGUGACUUUGGAGGAUCCCUCAACAACAGGUGCAUGAUGGGAAAUGGCCAGUGUGACUGCAGAAGGCAUCUAAUUGGUCGGCAGUGUUCAGAGGUGCAACCUGGGUAUUUCUGCGCACCCCUCGACUACUACAAGUAUGAGGCGGAGGAUGCUAACGGCCGCUCUCCCACAGACUCCGCCCUGCGGGGAAAAGUUCGUCCUCAGGCUGCAGACGACUGCAUUCAACAUCUUAGCAACCAGGCGCGGAGGCAUCGGCGCCACAGACGGGUCUCCAGCUCGCAGCAGUACCACACGGCACUUAGACGCAUCCGACAGCUUCAGCAGACACCCGAUGUGACGACUGUUAACAGAGAGCACACUCCCGGCGUGGUGGUGACCUGGACCGGACCCGGCUUCGCUCGUGUCAAAGAUGGCGCCGGUUUGGUUUUCUCAAUCGACAACAUCCCUCACGCCAUGGAGUACCACAUCAUGCUCCGCUACGAGCCCGAGUCGCCAGAGGACUGGGAGGCUGUAGUCAGCAUUACCUCCGUAAACCUGCCCUCCAGUCUACGAUGCGGCAACCUUCUUCCAACCGAGCAGCUCUACACGGAGACUCUGCUGCACCAAAACAGAUACAUCCAGAUGUCCAGACCGUUUUGCUUUGAGCCCAACAACAGAUAUGUGGUGGCCAUCAGGUUCCAGCGGCAUGGCGUCACGCACAGACACCUGACGGCCUUCAUCCUCAUCGACUCUCUCGUUUUGAUUCCUAAAUACACCGAGCUUCCUGGCUUCCAAGGCAGCGAGCUUCAGGCAAAGCAGAACAAAGAAGACAUGGUCCGCUACAUGUGUCUGGACUCCUUCAUGAUCACUCCCAUGCCCCUCCUGGCGGACAUGUGCUCCAAGCUCAUCUGCAGCAUCUCCUCCAUCAUCCACAACGGAGCUCUGCCCUGUCAGUGUGACCUUCAGGGUUCCCUCAGCGGCGAGUGCCAACGAGUGGGAGGGCAGUGCCGCUGCAAGCCCAACGUGAUGGGGCGACGCUGCGAUCAGUGCGCCCCGGGGACGUACGGCUUUGGAGUGAACGGUUGCACCGCUUGUAAUUGCCACCCCGAUGGCUCUUCGAGUCACCAGUGUGACCCCCUCACGGGGCAGUGCCCCUGCAGGCAGGGGGCCACCGGCCGUCAGUGCUCCAACUGCCAACCGGGUCAGUGGGGCUUCCCAAACUGCAGGCGCUGUCAGUGCAACGGCCACGCAGACCUCUGCGACCCCCAAACAGGAGAAUGCAGAGGCUGCCAGGACAACACCGCAGGACACCUGUGUGAACGGUGUGAGAACGGGUUCUAUGGAAACCCGGUGCUCGGCUCCGGAGAACGCUGUCGGCCCUGCCCCUGCCCGGGGAACCCAGGAUCGAACCACUUCAAUGGACAUUCCUGCCACUCGGACUACGCUGCUAAUCAGAUCAUAUGCAGCUGCAAACAAGGCUACACUGGUUCACGCUGUGACCAGUGUGCGCCUGGUUACUACGGCGACCCCGAGCGACCCGGAGGACAGUGUCUCCCGUGCCGGUGCAACAACAACAUUGACCCCAACGACCCCGAGUCAUGUGACCGCAGGACUGGCCGGUGUCUCAGGUGUCUAUACCACACCCACGGGCAGUUCUGCUCCCAGUGUGAGCCCGGUUACUUUGGAAAUGCCAUCGUCCAGGACUGCAGACGCUGCACCUGUGUUUCUGCUGGAACCCGUCAGUCUGCGUGCAGCGAAGGACAUUGUCACUGUGACCCCGAGAGCGGCGCCUGCCCCUGCAGGGAGAACGUCCAGGGCCGCGUCUGUGACCAGUGCGCCCCAAACCACUGGAACUUCGGCAACGAGAGAGGCUGCGAGCCCUGCAACUGUGACCCCCAAAACUCCCUGGGAACUCACUGCAACAUGUUCACAGGCCAGUGCCACUGCCGUCCAGGUUUUGGAGGGAAAAAUUGCACCCAGUGUGAGCAGUUCUACUGGGGAGACCCGCAGGUGGAGUGUCGAGAUUGUAACUGCCACUGGCAGGGCUCUAACCUACAAGUGUGUGACCGAGCAACCGGACAGUGUGACUGUCAAGCGGGGAAGGCGGGCCAGAGGUGUGACGAAUGCGCUCGCGGCUUCACGGGAGCCUUUCCCAACUGCGUUCAGUGUCACCAGUGCUUCCAGCUGUGGGACGACAUCAUCUGCCAACUCAAGAGGGACCUGGACCACAUCCACUUCACGGCGCAGAGAAUCCAGGAGAACGGGGUCAUGCCGGGAAUCGGGGACUCUCGCAUCCGCGAACUGGAGGAGAAGCUGAAGCAGGUGACGGAUCUGAUCAGUUCAGGCAGGAACGACAGCAUCCAUCAGCUGAUUGGGCAAACCAUUGAUGACCUCAGGGCUGAGAUCGCUGUCACUGAUGGACGCCUGAUGGGCAUCAGUCAGGAGAUGAAUAAAACUGCAGAAGAUGAAAAGUCGCUCAAACGUGCGCUGACUGACAUGGAGGACGAACUGAGAGACCUCAACUACACCGCGGCUAACAUACGACUCCACCACCUACCCUCAGGAUUUGCAGAUCAGUUUGAGAGAGUGAAGAAGUACUAUCGGGAGUCGCUGCAGGCUGAGGAGAAAUGCAACGCCUCGGUGUCAGGUCCUCUUAGUCCCGUAGAACAGUCCAACGAAACACGAAAAAUCACAGAGGAGCUGCUGGAGGCCAGGAAAGAUGAGUUCCUGAAGAACGUGACAGCUAACAACCAGUCCCUGAAUGAUCUCCAGCAGGAGGUUCACAACCUCGACAAGGACAUCCAGGACCUCAGCCAGAAGGUGUGCGGUGGACACAGCAACGCCAGUGUCAAUGGCAGCUGCCCUGACAGCCAGUGUGGUGGAGCGGGUUGCCGUGAUGAUCAGGGCGACCUGGUAUGUGGAGGUGAAGGCUGCAACGGGACAGUGAGCAUCUCCAUGGCAGCACUGAACCAGUCCCAAAACACCAUGGACAGCCUGAUGGCUGCAAGCGAUGAGCUGCUGAACAUCUCCAAGAAGCUCCAGGAAAUUGCAAACUUGACUCAAGAUGUGAAGAACCAGACGAUGAAGACUCUGGAGAAAGCCCAGGAGAAGAAGAAACAUAUUGAAGAUAACAACAAGAAUCUCAAAGACUUCAUCAAGAUGAUCAAAGACUUCCUGACUGAGGACGCCGCCGAUCCAGAGAGUAUAGAGAAGGUGGCUCUGCAGGUGUUAUCGAUCACGCUGCCGUUCAACCAAACCACUCUGGACAAAAUCACCACGGAGAUAAGGGACAGUCUUUCCAACCUCACCAACGUCGAGGCCAUUUUGAAUGAGACCGCCGACCACGUCAACAAAGCCAAGGAGCUGCUCAGCAAAGCCAAGGAUGCAAAAGCUCUAGCAGAGAGAGUGAAGGAUGAAGCCAACAGCACCAAACAGGCAUUGAGUGCGUCAGACAAAGCCAUUGAAAAGGCAACCGCAGCCCUGAAAGAGGCCCAGAGCAACCUGAACAACACGCAGAAUGCUACAGCAGAGGUGGAUUUGCAGCUCCUGCAGCUGGAGGGGAAACAGAUGGACAUCAUGAUGCGUUUGCAGAACCUAUCAGCAGAGGCAGAAGCCCUGCGGAACAAGACGGAGAUGAACAGGAAGAUGGCAGAAGACGCUCUGGCUUUGGCGAACAACGCCACGCUCAGAGCGUCCUCCCUGGAGCAGAGCUUCAACAACACAGAGGAACGGUACAAAGAGUUGCUGCAGAAAGUGGAGUCCAUCGGGGACUCUGGAAGUCUGGACAGCAUCCAGCAGAAGGUUCGAACGAUGAAGAGCGACGCCGAAAAUCUCCUCAACAAGGCAAAGGAUGGGAUAAAGCAACUGGAUA